GUGUUUCAGCGUGCCAAAAAAUACGGACGUUCACUGAACUACAUUUACCAUCAUGCACUUGUGUAACAACACGGAAGUUGUUGUUUUGACCGCUACAGCUACUGUAUUAAUGUUUACGAAACAGAAGAGUUUUGGUGCCGAGGAUUUUAUUAAUACAGGUCUAUAGAUGCUGUUGCCAUGGAGAUCCCUGCCUCCACGUGUGGCAGUGGGAAGAUGUGCUUUUACAAUACAAGCUACUGUACAACGAUUUGUUCCUGCAAGUAGCUCAAUUGACUCCAGUGCUCUGGAACAACUCCAGGCCUUUGUGUCACAGGCUUCACGGCUGUUCGUGAUAAGCGGUGCUGGACUCUCCACUGAAUCUGGAAUUCCAGACUAUAGAUCAGAGGGUGUGGGACUGUAUGCACGGACUAACAGGCGGCCUAUGCAACACUCAGAGUUUGUGCGCAGUGCGAAAUCAAGGCAGCGAUACUGGGCACGGAACUACGUGGGGUGGCCGCAGUUCUCUUCACACCAGCCUAAUUCAGCACAUUUAGCAUUAAGGGACUGGGAGGAAAAGGGAAAAUUGCACUGGCUUGUUACUCAGAAUGUAGAUGCCUUACACUUAAAAGCUGGACAACAGAGACUUACUGAACUUCAUGGAUCUACACACAGGGUUGUGUGUUUAGACUGCGGCCAACUGACUCCACGUGCCGAGCUUCAGAAGCGUUUUGCAGCUUUGAACCCUGGCUGGGAAGCGAGUGCAUGUGCUGUGGCCCCAGAUGGAGAUGUGUUUCUGGAGGAUGAGCAGGUGUUGAACUUCAGAGUACCUGCAUGUGAUGCCUGUGGCGGUGUACUCAAACCCGAGGUGACCUUCUUUGGUGAUGUAGUGAACCGGACUACAGUUCACUUUGUGCAUAACAAGCUGGCUGAGUCUGAUGCAGUGCUUGUGGCUGGAUCUUCUCUUCAGGUUUUUUCUGGGUACCGUUUUCUACUUGCUGCUAGUGAAAGAAAACUUCCAAUAGCCAUCGUGAAUAUAGGACCUACAAGAGCUGAUCAUCUCACUGACAUCAGGGUGAGUGCUCGUUGUGGAGAAGUGCUGCCAGCCAUUCAACUCAACUGAGAAACGGACUCUUUUCCUUGAAGCUAUUCUGAACCGCAACACUCGAUCCACAGCUCAUCACAAGAUUACUGGAACAUAGUUUUGGUUUGUUUCUAGGCUGCUUGCAUAAUACAACAGAUCUCUACCUCAAGUGACAAAAUGUAACAUAUUCACACAUUCUUGGUUUGUAAGCUAGAGUUUAAAGUGCAAUACAGAAUAAGGCAUCGGCACAAACGAGUUGUUUAAAUAAUAUCUUUAAAAUUAUAAAGUGGGUUCAUAGGGACAUCUGGGACAGCUCCUCAAGAAUCAAUGUGGGAAACAUAGUAGUGAUGACGUUCUAAAUGAGCUGUAUAGAUUAUAAGGUCUUGUUUUUAUUUAAUAAUGGUAGUUUUAUUAAAUAUUAAUCACUAUUAUUUAUAUAUUUUGAUUAUGAAUAUAAAUAUAAGUGAAUGUAUCAGGAUGUUUUUAAAAUGUUAAUCAUUUGUUCUGCCUGAAAAUAAAAGUCAAGUCAAACCAAUUGUAUUUGUAUAGCACUUUUCACAAUACACAUUUAAAAUGAUGAUGGUAAGGUUUAUAAUAUCUUAAUAUCUAUAGUCAAAAUAUAUUUUGCAGAUUAGAGCUGUGCUAUAAUAUAGUUUAUGUUUUGUGAUGAUAUGAACAAUCAAGCAGUUGAGAUUUGGUAUAGUAGUGUAUAACAUACUGUGUGUAUGCAGAUAAAGUUGGAAUUUGAAAAGGACAUUUUUUAAUUAAUUUUUUUUUAAUAUAUAUUAUUGUGUUUAUUAGCACCGUUUUUUUUGUUUUGUUUUUUUUUGUACCAGUAUCCUAGGUAAUCUUAAGUCAGUUGUACUCAACCAAGGGUCUGGAAACACAAAUACAUAGUAGCUUCAUAGAAAUAAAUAUUUAUUGCUUUGAACAAAGGGGGGCUUUGGAGUCAAAAAGGUUGAGAUCCACUGCCUUGUUUUAUUGUUUUCAACACUAUGCACACAUUAUUAUAUGUUGUUUGGUACCAAAUCUAUGAAAUGCAUAAAUGAUACUGAAAAUAUGUGGUGCGUGGAAAAAGAAAUUAAACGAAUAAACCAUUAAUGUAAUGUG